AUGGGAGACACCUCAACACCUCAAAUUGACCAUCGUCAUUCACUCUAUCUUCAACCAUCCGAUACGCUUGGAGCGAUUCUGAUAAAUAUCAAGCUAACAUGCCUAGAAAAUUACGGAUUGUGGAGUAGAUCGAUGCGUUUGGCUCUAUUGGAAAAGAACAAGCUAGGUUUCACAAAAGGAACAUGUGUGAAGAGUUUAUACAAAGGAGAAUUAGCCGAUCUGUGGAAAAGAUGUAAUGAUAUAGCUCUAUCAUGGAUUAGGAGAUGUGUGUCACAGGAACAGUUGCCAAGCAUCGUCCAUGUGUCAAAUGCAGCAAAGGUUUGGGCUGAGUUCAAGGAGAGGUUUGAAAAAUCUAAUUUGACUAGAUUAUAUCACCUUUGGACUCAAGUUGGAACCCUAACUCAAGGAUAUCCACCUGAUUUCAAGAGCAAAAGAAAGCCAAUGCAGGGUGCUGGUGGCUUCAAGACCUAUACUAAUAAUGCAACAGUUGAAGGAAAUAAUUCUGCUGAAGGGAACAGUUCUACUGAGAGCCAAUCUCAAGGCCACUACAUCACAGAGGAGGAGUAUAAGCAGCGUGUGGACUUGCUGAAUAAAUCUUCAGCUGGUGAUUGCAAACUCAACAUGGCAGGGACCUCUCAUUAUAUCACUUCCUGCAAGGAGAAACUAGUUGACAUCAACAUAUUAAGAAGUCCGGAAAGUAGAAAAGUGCAGGUACCAACUGGAAACAGGCCACAAAUAACAGAUAUAGGAAGUGCAAUAAUCCUAGUGGGACCGAGGAUAAAAAAUGUUCUACAUGUGAUAGACUUCAAGUUCAACCUACUUUCAGUAUCAAAACUGACCAAGGAUCUUGUUUGCACUGUUAAAUUUUUUCCUGUUUUGUCUUUUACGAGGUCUUACAGUGGCAAGGUGAUGGGGAAUGGUAGAAAAAUAGAUGAUCUUUACAUCCUUAUAGGAGCAAUAAAACCAGUAGUAGCGACAACAAUGAUAAAAUGA